AUGAGUGAUGUCGAGGCAGUGUCCUUACCCGCUGCGCUGGAUGUCGGCGCCCAUGCUCUCGCGGCAGUGAAGACGGACGCGCAGGACGCUUCGGGCCCUUCGCUAUCCGAGAAGACUGAGAAACAGGCCUCCCCUCGACGAGGGAGCGAUGGACCACAGCGACCGAACGUGAACGCUGACUCCGAAGCAGAGACCAUUAUCCAGUCCGGUCGGGAGUCGCUCUCUCCCGAGAAGAAGAGAAAACACAUUCGGCAUGAUCCCACUCGCCACCCGAUCGAUGGCAUUGAUGGCGUCGAUGGAACCCUUCACCACCGAAAGAAGCCACGUAUCGAUGGCAUCCCCGGCCCACGCAGCUCCCGGUCGCCGAGUCCGUCGGAGAGAGCGGGCUCCCCCCCGUCGCUCAAAUGGGAGGUAGUAGACGACUCGGACAAACCUCUUCCCCCCGCGUCGCCUGUCAAAUGGGAGGUUGUAGACGAUGUGCCCUCGGUCAUGCAAGGUGUUAGGGAUGAGAAUGGUGGUCACGAUGGUGAACGACCGCGCAAUCAUCGGAAGCGAAGCUUUAGCGACAGCGUUGAUGAGAAACGAGAACGUCGCCGGGACUCGACGUCCCAUCCCGCCCUACGUGACCCGAAAUCUCUCAACCACCGCUUUCCUCGACCGUCCUCGACCACUCGAUCUGUCUCCCCGAGUCGCCCCUCCCAUCAGCGAUCCGCCUCCGGGUCUCACUUUCCCUCGAAGAAGAAGGUUCCGGCGCCUCUGUUGACUGGUUUCCAGCGCCAAACCUCGGAGGACCGCCAAUCAACCUCCUCAUCUACCAGUGGCUCCCCUCUUCCUAGCGCUCACCUCCGGAAACUUGGCUCUGGCGUGGGCGCGUCCGCAUCCCCAGCCAAACAAAUUGGUCCUAAGAAGUUACGCGAUAAGAGUGGUCGCACUCCGCUGGCUCGGGCCUGUGCCGACCGGAAAUACGACCAGGUGGUUCAGCGCCAUGGCGAACGCCCCGAAGAUUUGAACGUGCCCGACAAUGCUGGCAACACGCCGUUGCAGAUUGCAGCACUUAAUGGAGAAGCCCCGAUCGUCAAAUUCUUGCUGGAGGCUGGAUGUGAGAUCAACACCAAAAACAUCGACAAAGACACCCCUCUGAUUGAUGCCGUCGAAAAUGGAAAUGUCGACGUCGUUAAACUCCUGCUAGAAGCAGGUGCCAAUCCUCGCACCGUCAAUGCCUCUGGUGAUGAACCAUAUGAGUUAGUGCCCUCUGACCUCAAGGACGAUGAGUAUGAUGAUAUCCGAAAGGCGAUCGCCGAUGCCAAGGCCAACUCGCGACCCGGUCGACGAUCCGAGGAGCAGGCUGGACCGGAAAACAGAACUCCCUUGUCACGACGAGCGUCAGUGGCAAGUCCUUCGCGCAGCCCUCCACCUAUGGCGAGCACCACAGGGCGCCGCAAGACCGGUCGAAGCGAGGUCACACGGAACGAUCUCUUGUGGACCCAACCAACAUCGGAGAACCUCCGUGAGUUUGCCGCCAAGGGCGAUGAACAAGGCGUGGUGAGCAUUUUGAAUAUAUUGCAAAAGGCCGACAAUGCUUCCUUGAUCGCCGCAGCGAAGGGCGGCCAUUUCGACGUCCUCUCUCUCAUGUACGCCAUUGGCGACGCUGAUGCGGACCCCAACCCAUUAAGGGGAUCUGGUCACAAGCCCGGCUACAAUACUCCCAUGCUCGCUGCCAUCGGACGAGGUCGCAUCGAAAAUAUUCAACUGAUCCUGGGCCAACCAGGAUUCAACCCUACCCGCCGCCUAUUUGAAGACAAAACCUAUUACGAAAUUUCUCGUGCUCGGCAGGGUGAGAAUUGGGAGGAAGAAUAUGAUAUCUUGAAGAAGGCCUACGAGAACUACUCUGGUUCAGGUAAAGCGCGCAAGGAUCUGUCAUCGCCUCGUCGGGCUCGUGGUAAAGACAAGGAUGAGAAGCGAACCGCUCGUCGGGAAUCAUCGUCUCCCGUGGCUCGUCCCAAGAAGUUGCAUGACACUAGCCCGAACGCCAAUCGCCAACGUUUACCAAAAGACAUUGAGCUCUCAAAGGAGAAGCGUCGCGAAAAAGAGAAGGAGCGUGAGAAAGAGAAAGAGAAGGAAAAAUCUGGCACCACAAGUUCUCGUCCAAAACCAUCUCGAGAGCCAAAUGAUUCCGCGCUUCCUAGUUCUGACCACGAUUCUGGCCGUCUUGAUGCCCGAAAACUUAAAGCUGUCCCUUCGGCUCGGAGAGGCAGUGAAUCAAGCGGCGUGAAUAGAAUUGACGAGGUCCGAAAAAGGCGUCUUAUCGCUGGUCGUCGCCCUCAAGAAGGUGAUCGACGACCCAGUCUUCUUUCAUCCGACUCUCACUCCGGCCGCGACGAAGCUCCCAAAUCACGCGACAGCGCGCUUGAUUCAAUUUCAUCCCUGAAACGCAUCCGUACCGACACGUCACCCGAGCGAUCCCGUUCACGCGGCGCGGAUAGCGAUCGAUUAUCACCUGAGUCCCGGAAGAAGAAGCGACGUGUUCUGACCGAGGAGAAGUCUUCCACAACACCAAACGGCAGUUCUCGGAAGACUGACGAACCUGAUGGUGACAAACCUCACCCUCGCCGACCCCACGAGGAAAAGGACACUUCGAAAGGUCCCGACGUUGCCCCUCGGAAACCUGUCGAGCCAUCCAAAAAGGCACACUCUUCCUCUCAGCAUUCGACUAACAACGAAUCUGUGAAGAGAAACGGAGACGUGAAAGCCGAGCCCCAAGAGCCCACCCCAAACUCUGUUCCGGAAGUGCCAUCCGACGAGAAACGUGCCGAAAUCGAGGCCGAAAAACGUCGACAAGCCGAGGCAAAGAAAGCCGAGGAAAAGAAGGCCGAAGAAGCUCGCGUCGCGGAAGAGAAACGGCGCGAGGCAGAAGCUGAACGCGAUCGUCUUGCUAAAGAGGAGGAAGAGCGGGUUGCCCGUAUUGCCCGUGAGAAGGCCGAGGAAGAGGAACGGAAGCUCGAAGAAGAGCGGAAACGUAAGGAAGCCGAGCAACGCCGUGCCAAACAAGCCGAGGAAGAACGCCAAAAGCGGAUCGAGAUGGAGCGAGCACGUGUUAUGAAAUUGCGUCGUGACCAGGAGGCACAAGAGCAGCGUCGCCGUGAUGCUCUUCCUGGUCGGCUCCGCGCUUCGGCCAAUUUCGUUGGUGCCCAGGACCCUCACGCGAAGAGUCAUGCCUGGCUCAAAAACUUCAUGCCUCUGGUUACUGCAGUCACUCGACAACUGGAGCCUAAUUGCGCCGUUGAUGCGGCGGACGAGAAAUGGAUCCCGAACUACUUGGUUGCGCCCUUGCUGGCUACCAACGACCUCACACUCUCUCAAUGUAUGAUUCCUCUGAUCCAUGGCCCAACUUUUGACCUUUUUCUGACGUGCCUUUCUACAGAUGCCAGCUGGGAGAAACGCAAGGCGACCGCGACUCAGCGUAUGAAUCUCUGGCGGUGCACGCGUCGCAUGUUGGUUUACACUGAUGACCCCAAGUGCCAAAAUGCGUCCUUUGGAGAUAUCAUGCAGCUGGAUUGCGAGACACGCCCCAAGUAUUUUGAGAUGGAGCAUGUGUUCUGGGUCAGACUUUCUGAUUUCAUGGAUCUCGUCCCCCAUAUUUCGCAUCUUAACGGCCUUGACCUUGAGUUUAUGAGCAUGCAUAUCGACCCAGAACCCUCUGCAGGGCCUGGGCCUGGCAUGAUGACGGGUGCCUUCCAUCAGGUUAACGGACACGCCCCGGGAUCCUUUGCUACGGAAACGAAUGGCGCUGGGGUUCUUAACGGUCACGGCCAUGGCUAUCCUCGGCCCGGUACAUACUUCUAG